UGAUGGAUAAUCAACAAGCUUUAAAAUUCCAUCUUUCCUUCAUUUAUUAAUGAUUAGUCGGGUUCCGGACAAGAUUCCAACUUGUUCCUCUCCGUUUGGCCAGGCCUCUCCUGGGUCGCAACCCCCUCCGCCAUCUUCUUCAGCUCGAUAAGCACGAUUCUUGGAUCCCUUAUGGGGCUGCUGGUCUCAGUAUGUUAGGGUUCUUGCUGCUGCUGUGUUGAAUCAAGAUUCGUUCAACCUAUGGAGCUGAAGAAGGAGAAGCUUGUCAGGUUUUAUUCUGAUGGAAAGAAAGGGGGAAGAGAUCAGUCUCCAGAGGUGGAAUUGCUCUCUUCUAAGUACAAAUCCUCAGCAUCCUCGAUGCUAAAACCUGAAAAUGUGUUACUAGGUGCCCGAUAUAAACUGCCUGACACCUUCAAACCAGGAGGAGGAAGUAAGGUGUUCCCUGAGGAACUUGCACCAUGGAGGAAAAAAAUCCUCGAUCCGGGAAGUGAUAUUGUUUUGAUGUGGAAUCGGAUUUUCAUUUUCUCAUGCUUAGUGGCACUCUUUGUGGAUCCACUCUACUUUUACUUGCCGACUCUGGAAGGGACCACAAAUAACUUCUGUGUGAAGACAGACUACAAUUUAAGGAUCGUGGUCACAUGUUUUCGGACACUUGCGGACCUCUUUUAUUUGCUUCACAUGUUUAUAAAGUUCAGAACAGCAUAUAUUGCCCCGAGUUCUCGGGUCUUUGGGAGGGGAGAGCUUGUCAUGGACCCAAAGAAGAUUGCUCAGAGGUAUAUUAGGUCGGACUUUUUCAUUGACCUCAUCGCCACAUUGCCUCUUCCUCAGAUGGUGAUAUGGUUUGUUAUACCCGCUACAAGAAGUGCCCGAACCGAUCACAACAACAAUGCCCUCGCAUUGAUUGUCUUGCUGCAGUAUAUUCCUCGUUUGUAUCUGAUAUUUCCACUGAGUUCCCAAAUCAUUAAAGCCAAUGGAGUCGUCACUAAAACUGCUUGGGCUGGUGCUGCAUACAAUCUGCUCUUGUACUUGUUGGCCAGUCAUGUUUUAGGGGCAGCAUGGUAUGUUAUAUCAGUCGACAGGUACACUUCUUGCUGGAAAUCGAUAUGCAGAAAGGAAAAGUCCCCAACUCCAUGCCUUCUCCGUUAUUUGGACUGUAAUAGCUUCAGCCACAGUGAUCGCCAAACAUGGGCUGAUACUACAAACGUUUUCAAUAAUUGUAACCCAGACAAUAAUGCCACAACAUUCAAAUAUGGGAUAUUUGAAAAUGCUGUGACAAAGAAUGUUGUCUCAACCAAUUUUAUUGAGAAGUAUCUUUAUUGCUUGUGGUGGGGCUUGCAGCAGUUGAGUUCAUAUGGUCAGAACCUUUCGACAAGCACAUUUAUUGGGGAGACAUCAUUUGCCAUACUAAUUGCUAUACUGGGUCUUGUUUUAUUUGCCCAUCUCAUUGGGAACAUGCAGACUUACCUUCAGUCGCUCACUGUGAGGCUUGAAGAAUGGAGGCUCAAGCGGAGAGACACCGAGGAGUGGAUGAGGCAUCGCCAGCUUCCUGAAGACCUGAGACAACGGGUUCGCCGAUUUGUUCAGUACAAGUGGCUUGCAACUCGAGGAGUCGAUGAGGAAACAAUCCUUCGUGGGUUGCCUACUGAUCUCCGUCGCGACAUUCAGAGCCACCUUUGCCUAGACCUCGUGCGCCGGGUACCAUUCUUCUCCCAGAUGGACGAUCAGCUCCUUGAUGCGAUAUGUGAGCGACUUGUUUCUUCACUGAGCACUGAAGGCACUUACAUUGUCCGUGAGGGGGACCCAGUCACUGAGAUGCUCUUCAUCAUCCGAGGCCGGCUCGAGAGCUCCACCACUAAUGGAGGCCGCACUGGUUUCUUCAACUCAAUCAUACUGAAACCAGGAGACUUUUGUGGGGAGGAGCUCCUCGCAUGGGCCCUGCUACCAAAGUCGAGCCAAAACUUGCCUUCCUCCACAAGAACAGUCAGGGCUCUUGUUGAAGUUGAAGCUUUUGCUCUAAGAGCCGAAGAUCUCAAAUUCGUGGCCAAUCAAUUUAGACGGCUCCACAGCAAGAAGUUGCAGCACACAUUUCGGUUCUACUCCCACCACUGGAGGACUUGGGCAGCUUGUUUUAUUCAAGCAGCUUGGCGGCGGCACAGGAGGAGGUUGCUGGAAUGUAGUCUUUCCAUGAAGGAAUCAUUUUCAUAUGCAGAGCAGGAGGCCGAUGAGUCGGGAUCCGAACAAGGGAAAGAGGAGAAUCUAUCACGUGCUGGGUCAAACUCCACCUCAAAUUCUUCUCAGGCAAAACUGAAUCUUGGGGCCACAAUUCUGGCUUCAAGGUUUGCUGCCAACACUAGGAGAGGAGCUCAGAAGCUAAAGGAUGUAGAGAUGCCUAAGCUGCAGAAGCCUGAGGAGCCUGAUUUCUCUGCUGAGCCCGACGAGGAUUAGCCAGUCAGGUUCUCUUGGGGCUUUUAGCAGAAAAUUAACCUUCCACGGAAAAUGGAAAGAUUCCAUUCUUGCUAGUCACAGUUAUCCAAGAAAAGCAUAACUAAAGGUUUUAACCAGGGACUUUCGGGUGUUCUUUACCGAUGUUAUUACAUUUCUCCAAUCCUGAAAUGUAAAGGAACUGUUGCUCUUGUACAAUUCUAACGCAAAACCAGAUGUCAUAUAAAUACGUAAAGAUUAGAGUUUUCUCUGGGA